AUGCCUGGGACACCUACCCAUCCUGAUAUACCCAGACCUGUUAAUGUGCCUUCACCGGCCCCUGUCCCUGGGUUGAUCAAGAAGAGUAGAGGGAGGCAGGUACCCAGUGUUGCUGGUGUCGGGGGGAAGGGUGAGGAGAGUAGAGAGAGAAGUGUGACGAUCACAACGUCGGACACCGAUAUUCGUUCGAGACCGUUCGUCUGUGAGGUGGAGGCCUGUGGGAAAGCUUAUAUUCGGGCUGAACAUCUGAAGAGGCACAUCCGAAGCAUACACACUAAUGACAAACCGUACGAAUGCCCGUUUGCUGGAUGUGGACGGGAGUUUAGUCGGUACGAUAAUUUGUGUCAGCAUUAUAGAGGUGUACAUGGGCCUACAAGUGGUGGUAUUGGCUUAAGUUCGGGGUCGGGGCCGGGGAGUGGCGGAUCGAGAGGGAGGCAGCGGGAUGGAGGAAAGUCGUAG